GGUUAUGUGCAACACCGCGAAAGUUCAGCGGGGUUAAGGGCAAUGAACCCUUUCUUUAAGGUAUCCUACAAAUCUACAAUACAUGCAGAACACUAAGCCAGAUCAUGCUCUCCAUCUUCCCAAGUCAACUAUCACUCCUUGAAAUACUACUAACCAACCAUCCUUGUUAGUUUUGUUCAUGCAAUGGUUUCCUCCAAAAUAUUUGGAGAAGAAGAGGACGAAGAAGAUGAGCUUAAUACAAAUGCGGAGAAGCAAAUAUCAGUGGAUCCUAUGUCAUUGCAACAUCCACCGCCAAUCCUUCCGCCAUUGAUAAAGCCCAAGUUCAUCAGCGCGAGCCUUCCUGGUUCAGCAACCUCAUCACCAGAAUUCAAUUCCUCUGGGUCCAAUGGCUUCAAGAAGUGGAGUAGUCAAGCUCAAAUGCUUCAUCCAGCAUUUCAUCAGGCGUUGGCUCGUCAACAAUCUAUGACGCUUUCAAGAAGCAAAUCCUGUGGUGAUGGGCGAUCAUCCCAACCUUCUGAUGAGUUUGAUAUUUUGUCCAGAAAACAACAUGGUUUCCCUGAUCGGCCUCCUAAAUUUUCGAUAUCUGAAAGCAGCUCGACAGUUUAUCAAGAAAUGACUCCCCAGAAAGAAGAGGAAUUCAAGUGUGGGGCAUUGUGUUUGUUCGUGCCUGGAUUUGCUAAGAAGAAGCAAGAGAGAGCCAAAGAGGAACAGGAUGAGGAGAAUGACGAGGAUGAAACUGAAGCGAAAGAAGAAGAGAGGGCAUCAAGGGUGGCUUCUCUUGAGAAAUUUGAGUGUGCAUCUUGGUCUUCUUCUAUCAUUUUAAGCGAUGUCGAAGAUGAUUAUGAAGAUGGCAUCAAUGCUUACUUCGACUUGCCACUGGAGCUCAUCCGAGGAGGUGGAGGACAUGACACUCAUUCUCCCGUUAAUACCGCAUUUGUGUUCGAUAGAGAACCAAAGGGGGUGCUGAAAAAGAGCAACUCGAGAUCGAGGAAAUCAGUUGAAUGCUCGCAUAGACACGUUAGGUUUUCUACAUCUUCGCCAAUGUUAUAUCCGCCGUCACCAGAUUCUGGUUGUAUGACACCGAGGUUUUUUAGGCCCGGUGAGGAGUUGCAUGCUGCUCUUCGUGAGGCACAGAAUGCAUAUUUAAAUUUCUAGCAUGUUAUGGCUAACUUUCCUAAAUAAAUUUGAUGAUUGUAGUAGAGAAGUUGAAACUAUUGGUUAUGCUUCUAUAUUUUGAAUGAG